AUGGCAAGCAUGCAGGGCUCGCCUAGCGCCGGCAGCAGAACACCUUCGUUGGCAACGCCAAGCGGGACCGACUGUCCUUACAAGAAGAAUCCCGGUGGGGUUCCGAUGGGGGUCAUGUGGUGGAUCAACCAGGUUCCAGGCCUCGGGAUUGAGCGCCGGUUCAGCCUAAAGGACGCUGAGGAGUCCGACAACCUGCUUACCUGCAUCGAGGACGGUGACAUAGAAGACCUUCAUCGCUUGUUGUCAGACCUUCCGGGGGGUGAAACGUCCGUCCUCACUACCCCCAGUCUUCUCGCCAAGCACAAGAUGCGUACGCCGCUCAUGGCCGCGGCCGCAACGGGAGACUUAGCGACGUGUACGGCAACGCUACAAGCUCUCAACCAGCAGUACUCCAACAAGCUUGCGAGGGAAUCGGAGAUGAGGACACAACUGACGAAUCGAGACCGGGAGGGGAUGACCGCACUGAUGCUGGCGGCGCGGAGCUCCAGCGUAGCCGUGCUCGGCGAGCUCUUGACGGAGAUCUACAACACGGAGGCGCUGGCGACCCUCGAACUACACGAUCACAAACACAUGACGUUGCUGAUGCACGCAGCCAGCAACGGCCCUGCCCCAAUAUUCCAGGAGGCUCAGCAGGCUAUGCGCAAAGCCUUCGGAGGCGACGAGGACCUGAGAGAAAUGAUGGUCGAGCGCGAUUCGGACGGACUAAACCUGCUCAUGCACGCGGCCUCCUGCUGCGCUCCCGCCUCCGCCCUCGUCCCCGCGGAGACCCCGCCAGUCGACCCCGACUCAAGCCACAAGAAGGAUGGGGGCCCCGCAGAGAGCAGCAGAAGCAAGGGUACAGCCUCGAAAACGGCGCUGACAGGAGGAGGCACGUCGCCCGCAGACGCCAGCAGCGGCGCGGUUGCAGGCGAUGCCGCAAAGGACAAGAAGACUGCGGUCGAGAAGACGGUCGAGGCCGACACCAAGGAGGAAAAGGGCGUCAACAAGCGCGAUGCCGUCGUGGUGCCGGUGUUCAAGGUAGCUGUUCGCCUUGUGACACGAUGCCUCUGGACCGACGAGGUCUUGCAGCAGCUGAAGGCGGUGGAUCUGUGGGGGAGAAGCGUCCUGACGCACGCCCUGCUGUCGGGCCACGAGAUGAUGUUCGAAGCCGCCUACGGGGCGGUCCGCGACGUUCUCCAGGACGAGCUGGUGAGCGAGAUGAUGGAGACCAACGAGGGGGAAAGGGAGGACACUCCUAUGAUCGACGCCCUGGCUCGAGGGAACACGGACAUGCGCAAGUUGUACGCCCUCCGAGCAGGUCAACUUAAGAAGGACGUGGACGCCAGGUCAAAAUUGAGCACAAUGGACGCGAAAAUCGAAGGAUUCAUCCCCGGGAAGCUGGUCGUCAUGUUCCAGCUCCUCCUGCCACAGAUAGCAGAGGGGAGGCAACUGAUUCUGCUCUACAUCAUGUGCGCGUUGGCCCCCCUCGUGAAGCUUGCGACGACUGGAUCCGUCGAUGAUUCCGAUUCGAAGCAUACUGGUGUAAAGGCGAGGUCGAACAAGCUCAGCGUGCUCCUAGGGGCCCCGGCGAUGUUCUUUUGGGGGGUAGGCACCAGCACUGUGGGGCAAACCGCGCUGGGAUGGAGCUCUUCCCUGAGCGCAACCUCUAUGGCGGCCGCGACGUUAGCAAUUCCUGCUGUGGACUCCUUCUUCAACAGCAGGAAAGCUUCCGCCAUUGGUGACAAGGCAAGACUUUGCUCUGAUGAAACUUGA